AUGGUUAUCAGAAAACUCAAAUCUGCAAAAAAAGAAGUUGAUGAUUGUGGUCAUUCCACCGUAAUUAAUAAGAACGUAAUUUCUUUCGUUGUCAGAAGGGUUGUGUGGUACCCUGUAGUGCCAUUAGUAGCUCAAUUUUUCGCCUCUAUUCUUCAAAUAUACAGUUAUGUUGAUCAAGCUUCUUCUUCUUUUCCUCUAUUAUUACUUACGUUCACUGGCAUAUCACUUCAAGGAUUCAUGAAUGCUUUAGUAUUUUCUCAAGAUGUUGCUGUUGCUCGUGCUUUCCAGGCAGUUAAACUACAUUGGUGGAUCUCCUAUGUUAACUGUUAUGAGUUUCACUACCCUUACCUAUCUUAUAACAAAGCCAUUACCGAUGAAUUCAGCAUGCAAGAAAAAAAUAAUGAUUUUAUUUUCUCCGCUCCAAAAACUUCAACCCGAUUAGUUUCAUCUAACUUUUUACCACCGACAAAUUCUUUUGUUAGAAAUAAGUCUAAUACUUAUUCUUCUAUGUUUGGAAAGGAUAAUUCAAAGCAGGAUAUAGCUCAUGGCAAUCAAAAUAAUCAAGAUAUUCAUUUAUUAUCUCAUCGUUUAAACUUAUCAAUUUCACCUGCCUCCUUGACAGAUAGUUACAAUCAAACUAAAAUAAGUAAUAUAAGUAAUAUAAGUAAUACUAGUGCUUCAUCUAAUUCUACCACAAACAUAUCAAACUAUACGGUUGGUGCUGAUGAAGGACGGAUUGAUGUUAUGCUUGUUAAUGAUGAACGAACAGACAUCGAUUUAUCUAAGGAAAUUGAAAUAUCUAAGAUAAUGUUAAAGAGGCUGUAA